GCGCCGAGCUCCGCCGAGGCGCCCGCGAUGGCCCGGCGCGGCUAGGGCGCGCGGCGCGGGGAGGACGCCAGGGCGCGGCGGGGCGGGCGGCGACCCGAGCGAGCCCCAUGCCCCGCGCGGGCUGAGCCGGGCCCGACAGGUCCCGCUGGAGCGACAUGAUGGUGGAAUCUGCCUCGGAGACAAUCAGGUCGGCUCCGUCUGGGCAGAACGGCGUGGGCAGCCUCUCUGGGCAGGCGGAUGGCGGUGGCGGGACUGGGGCUGCAGGCACAGCCGCAGGCGGCCCGGGCAGGGACAACGCUGGCGGUAGGGACGCGGUGGCCAGUGCAGACAGCAACGGUGAGAUGAGCCCUGCGGAGCUUCUACACUUUCAGCAGCAACAGGCUUUCCAGGUGGCCCGCCAGUUCCUGCUGCAGCAGGCCUCAGGCCUGAGCUCCCCGGGGAGCAAUGACAGCAAGCAGACCGCCUCCGCCUCUGCCUCUGCGGUGCAGGUGCCCGUGUCCGUGGCCAUGAUGUCACCGCAGAUGCUCACCCCGCAGCAGAUGCAGCAGAUCCUGUCGCCGUCCCAGCUGCAGGCCCUGCUCCAGCAGCAGCAGGCGCUCAUGCUGCAGCAGCUUCAGGAAUAUUACAAGAAGCAACAAGAGCAGCUGCACCUACAGCUCCUUACCCAGCAGCAGGCUGGGAAACAGCAGCCCAAGGAGCUGCCUCAUGGUUGUGCUGUCCUCCUGACUGCGUGGCUCUCGGGGACCCAGCCCCUCCGCUCUCUGUCCUCAGCAUGCACCUCCCCUGCUCCAACUUCUGCCCAGCCCCCACGCCACAGCCUUGUGCUUCCUUCCUGCUGGCCAAGCCAAAGUCCCUGUUCUAAGGCUCUGGGGAACAAGCAGCUGGCCUUCCAGCAGCAGCUCCUGCAGAUGCAGCAACUGCAGCAGCAGCACCUGCUCAGCCUGCAGCGGCAGGGCCUGGUCAGCCUGCAGCCCAGCCAGGCCUCGGGGCCCCUGCAGACCCUCCCACAAGCCGUCUGCCCCACGGACCUGCCCCAGCUGUGGAAGGGCGAGGGUGCCCCUGGGCAGCCUGCCGAGGACAGCGUCAAGCAGGAAGGGCUGGACCUCACUGGCACAGCCGCCACCGCUACCUCGUUUGCCGCCCCCCCGAAGGUCUCCCCCACACUCUCCCACCACCCCCUGCCCAACGGACAGCCCACUGUGCACACAUCUCGGAGAGACAGCUCCUCCCACGAGGAGACCCCUGGCUCCCACCCCCUGUACGGACAUGGAGAGUGCAAGUGGCCAGGCUGCGAGACCCUGUGUGAAGACCUGGGCCAGUUCAUCAAGCACCUCAACACGGAGCACGCCCUGGACGACCGCAGCACGGCGCAGUGCCGGGUGCAGAUGCAGGUGGUCCAGCAGCUGGAGAUUCAGCUGGCCAAGGAGAGUGAGCGGCUGCAGGCCAUGAUGGCCCACCUACACAUGCGGCCCUCAGAGCCCAAGCCCUUCAGCCAGCCUGUGACCGUCUCUGCAGACCCGUUUCCUGAUGGCCUUGUGCACCCCCCAACCUCGGCUGCCGCCCCUGUCACCCCCCUGCGGCCCCCGGGCCUGGGCUCUGCUUCACUGCAUGGUGGGGGUCCUGCCCGGCGGAGAAGCAGUGACAAAUUCUGUUCCCCCAUCUCCUCAGAGCUGGCCCAGAACCACGAGUUCUACAAGAACGCGGACGUCCGGCCCCCUUUCACCUAUGCCUCCCUCAUCCGCCAGGCCAUCCUGGAAACCCCCGACCGGCAGCUGACCCUGAAUGAGAUCUACAACUGGUUCACCAGGAUGUUCGCCUACUUCCGUAGGAACACUGCCACCUGGAAGAAUGCCGUGCGCCACAAUCUCAGCCUGCACAAGUGCUUCGUACGCGUGGAGAACGUCAAGGGCGCUGUGUGGACAGUGGACGAGCGGGAGUAUCAGAAGCGCAGGCCGCCAAAGAUGACAGGGAGCCCCACCCUGGUGAAGAACAUGAUCUCGGGCCUCAGUUACGGAGCACUUAAUGCCAGCUACCAGGCCGCUCUGGCCGAGAGCAGCUUCCCCCUCCUCAACAGCCCCGGCACGCUGAACCCCGGCUCGGCCAGCAGCCUCCUGCCCCUCAGCCACGAGGACAUGGGUGCCUCCGGGGAGCCACUGCCCAGUAACGGCAGCAGCAGCCCCCCGCGGCUAUCCCCGCCCCAGUACAGUCACCAGGUGCAGGUGAAGGAGGAGCCCGCAGAGGCCGAAGAAGACCGGCGGCCGGGAGCCCCCCUGGGUGCCCCCAACCCCAGCACUGUGGGGCCUCCGGAAGACAGGGAGCUGGAGGAUGAGCUGCCUGGGGAGGAGCUGUCCUAAGGGCCCUGGGAGAGGGCGGGGUGAGAGCCCCUGGCCCAGAACCAGGCCUCCCCAACCCCACUCCAAGCCCCCAAACCUCAAGGCACUUCCUGGACUCGAGCAGGGUGGCCUGGGUCAGCAGCCCCCCUGCUACGGACUGACACACGCUUGGGGGCAGGCAUAGUCCCCGUCCCCUCGGGGACAUGGAACCCCUGGUCUGGGACCAGCAGAGGACAUGGGGGGCCCAGACCCCUCCCACCUCCCAGACCCCCUUCAUCCGAACGCCAUCUCCUCGACCACCGGCAGCAGGCCCCUCAAUGCUCUCCCCUGGACAGGGCCCUUGUCUUCAGGCAGAGACCCGCAGGCGGGGCGCCCCUUCCCAGGGCCUGUGCCCGACCGCACCCCUGAUGCGCACAUCCCGACCCGCCCUGUCUGCUGUGAAGCAGGCCCUCUCCGGCUGUGCUCCCCGCCCUGCCCUGUCCUGCCCUGGGCCGGCCAGCAGCAGGGAUGGAGCCAGGCUGGCUGGCUGUCACGAGUGGGGCACAGCCCUUGGGGGCUGCAUGGAGUGGAGCCUCCUGUGUCCCCUCAGCAGGGAGCACGGGGCGAGGCUGGCGCCCGCCACUCACCAACCUGCAGGUACCACCUGGCAGGGCGAGGGAGGCCGGAACCCGGCCUCCUCACAACCCCUGGCCACUGAAGUCCUCCCGCCCUCCCCUUCCCGAGUCCCCAGUUAAACGGAUGACCAAAGACCUUUCUUAUGCCGGAAGCAAAAACCAAAACUUUUUGUUGGCUUUUUCCUUCGUCGCCUCCUGAACUCCCAGCUGCCCAGGCCCCAGGCUGGAAGCCCCUCCUCCACUUAAGUUAUUGUUUUAAACCAAAGUUUACAGUGUCUGUUGGUGGCAAGACCCCCUCCCUCUACCCCUUUUCUGCCCGAAGACCCUGGGACUGGCCCUGCCUGGGGACAAGGAGGUGGGUACAUGGGAGCCACGGUCCCCAGGCCCGGGCUGCCCCAGGGACUCCCUGACCCCUCUCUAGGACCAAGUCCCUGGCGCGCUGGGAGUGUGGACUCCCGGAUUCCAGCAGCAGAGCUGGAAAAGUGAGACUCUGAAGACCCCCUAUGGGGGACCCCAACCUGAGGCCAAGGAUGGGGUGCCAGUGCUCAGAGCACCCUGCCAGGCCCCAUUGCUGAGAAGACCCUUGGAUAUCUCCUGAGAACCCCACGUAUGCCCCUUCACAAGCUGCCCCUCAGAGGCAGGGCCCCCCAUGUACCCCUACCUGUGUCCAUUUGACCAGCACAGAAAUAUUAAACGUCCUCUACUCA